UUUUCCUGCUUUCAUUUGUGCUCGGUGGGGGAAGGGAGGGGACCAGGGGACGGAGCCGUAGCUGGUGGGUUUGGUCUGAGCAGGUGCCGUGUCCCACCACACCGGGUAGGGUCGGGGGGAGCAGACCCCCAAGUCAGCCCCUAAACCCUCACUGUGCUGGCUCCUGGAGGCUGGAUCGAGCCGUAGCUGUCCCGUGGGCUAUGAGCGGUCCCUGGGGCUGGCACGGGGGCUUUGGGAAACCCAGCACUGUGGCACUUCGCGGCACUUGGCUGCUGCCUCCCCUGCCAGAGUUGGGUUUCCAGCCGCACGCUCUGCUUGCUGGUAGGCACGGGCUAUGUCCUGCCAGCCUGUGCGGCACGUGGAGGGCAGAGGGGAAGAGCAGGGGGAAACCUGUGGCAUGCAGAGAGUGGUGUAGGGGGCCAGCCUGUGCCAGCUGCUUUGUCCCAGAAUAGUUUUGGGCGGAGCGGCUGCCUUCUGGGCUCCUGGCAUCUCCCCUGGUGCUGGUGGCACCCGCUGCUUUUGCUGGGGGUGGUAGGAUGACCUUCCGCUCCCUGCUGCAGGCUGGUGUCCUGCCCGUCUCUGUGUUUCUGUGCCUGUAGCUGAGGGCCUGAGGCUCCCUUGGGAGGUCUGUGUAGCCCCCCAGCCCCAGGCAUCACUGCCUGAGCUCUGCAUCCCUCACACUGGAGCUUUUUCUCUGUGCUUUUUUCCCUGCCUCUUCCCACGGGAUGCUGCCAUGAUCCCCUGCUCAGGCUGGCUCCACGCUGGGGAGUUUCCCCCAGCUUCCCACAUGCUGGGGAGCCGGGCUCAGACAGCUGGACCGCGGGACUGGCCUCCCUUUAAAUAGCAUCUCCCUCGGGUCCCUCCUCUACGUGAGGCACAGAGCUGUGUAUACCAAAGGAGGGGAUCAGCUCUGGGGGGGGACAGCGGGUGUCUGCUGCAGGAAGCAGAGCCUGGCCCUUCCUGCGCUCCCAAAAUUGCCAGAGCCAGCCUGCCCGACCCACCGCUGCUUCGCUGCUCUCCAAAGGGAGCUUUGGGAGACAAGGAACUCUUUAAUAUCCGUCCCAGCCCGGGUCGCGGGUGAUGCUGAUGCGACCAAAAUAGAAACUGCACGGACUGCUGCUGCCCCAUCCCCUGCUCUCGCCUGGCCCCUGUGUGCUGAUGUUUGCUCACCCUCUGCAUUUCGUCAUGGAUAAUUCGCUAUCCCAGGCUGCCGGUCCAGACGCUUGGCUCUUGGCACAGCAAACAAACGCAGCAGUGGCUUGUAUAAAUCAGCGCUGUCCAAUUUCUUGAUAACCAGGAGGCAGGUUGUUUAGUGUAGUGGCAAAUAAACUUCGUAAUGUUAUGAUGGUGGAAAGUUGUCAAGGGAUAUGAAUGUGCAGACUCAGCCCAGGAGCCGCCAAGGAGACAGCUUUAGUUUAAAUUAAGACAAAACUCCAUCUUCCAUGGAUUUUGGGAAGGAAAUCACAUUGUUGUAAUGGGAACAUUUCUCUGAGCCUUAGGGCUGGCAAACUCUUGACUUUAUGAAGCGUAAGUGGAGGGGCUGAGCUAGCCUGGCAGGCGUGCCUUAAAUCAAGCCUGAGGCACACCGCAUAUGGCAGCGGGACCACGCAGGAGCAGUGCCGAGCACCGUGCUGUGAAACCCUCCCAGUGCUGCGAGCCUUGGGGUGCUGGCUGGGUUUGGGAAUGGAGGAGCAAGGAAGGUGAGGGUUGUGUCACGCCGUGCCCUGAAGGGUUGCAUGUCACACCAGAGGGGCUCGAGGUUGGCCUGGUUUGUGCUGAAAAGGCAGCGAAGGGGCAGUGGGACCAGAGCUUGGAGAGAGGCAGGAUGGAGGUGGGAUUAUGCCAAGAACUGUAAAAAAAAGCAUGAGGCCCUUCUGCUCCCAGACCCUGCUCUUCCCAGGAAGCCUCACCUUGAAAACAUUUUCUCAUGAAGGGCCGGGCAGGAGGUGGGACAGCCGGUCCCUUUUGCCUUAUUUUGGUCAAGGCCCGGCCAAGCGGUGGGGACUGUGUUCAAAUCCCUGUGUGGGCUUGGGUAGUUCCUUCAACGUUGCUUUGCCCCUUGGACAAGCUUCCUAUGAGAAACUGCAAAGCCGCAGCAUUUCCUUGCUUCCUUGCAGCCGCCCCAAGCGAGCUCCGAGACCCUGCCCCAUGCGGGAGAGCCAACAGGGACACGAGAUAUAGCAGGCUCAGUGCACACAGACACUUACCUCGUAGCCAAAAUUGGGCUCCCGUGACACAGUGAAGCGAGGUGCUGGCGGAGAGGAUCAGCGUGUGCAGGGACAGGGGUGGGUCGUGGCUGGGAUGCGUGUUGAGAAGGACUGCUGUAGGAGGGGGAUGCAAGAAGGGGUUGUUCAGUGACUUUUUUCCUUCUGGCAGUUGGGAAAUGUGUUGGUGUGUGAUGAGACAAGAUGGGAACUACUGGGGUCUGACAGACGAGUGUCCUCUUCCCUUUGACAGGGCCAGAGGGAAGCACCGAGGGUCCUGCUUUAACCCACUUGCUGAGCUUGAUGGUGGCAGAAUCAGCUGGUUGGCAUCCCCGGCUCCUAACUGAGCUGCCCAAAAGGCUAAAAAUGGUGGGGGAUUAAAAUCAGUAGUGGCUGCCUGCAAAGCCUGGUCUCGUCCUCAUGUGUACUGCGUGGUAAUCUGCCCGAGGCAGCAGAAGUCAGGAGGGGCGCUGACCUGGUGCCCUUUCACUGAGCCCUCGCUGCCAGCUGGCGUAUCUGGGCUGUCCCACAAAAUUCCAGUCUCCUGAAAUAAAGCGUGUGGGUGAGUUUUCUAUCUAGCCAUCCUCCGCAGGGAUCCCAUUACCUUUCGGUGCCACGCUUUGUGCGUAUUUAGAGCAGGUCCCUGUGCUGGCACUGCUGCGAGGUCGCGGAGCAGAGGCUUGUAGUGUGGGAGCAGGAGGCUGCGAAUUUUGCUUUUUGCUAGGCCGUGUGCUCGGGGCGGGUUAUCGGCAGCCUCUGUGCUAGGUCUGCAGCCUGGUGCUCUGUCAUCUGGUGUGUGUGUGCAGACCUGGCUGCAGAGCGUCAUGGUCUGCGUGGCACGUGCAGGCUUUACGGCAUGGAGAGGCCAAGCUGGUGUAGCUGCCUGUCCCUUGUGGGUCAGAGCAGCCCUGGGACCUUCGGUUUCACCAACCAACGUGCCCAGUGACACUGACAGGUUUCUGAGCGAGUUAGCAAAGCCCUCAGAUGUUGCCUGGGGUGACCUGCUCUCAGUUCAUGCUCAGGUAACCCUGGCAGUAGACCUUGAGGCUCCCCUCCGAGUGCCCUACAAGGGCCAAAACAGCAUUGCGCUGCCUGGAGGCACAACCCUGAGGCUGUGGCAGUACUCUCCUCCUCUGCAGCGUGAGGGUGGCAGCACAGGCCUGCUGUGGUCUUGCAGCUCGGGGGCCUGGGAGUGAGGUGCUGUGUAUAGGCGGUGGCACUUGUUGCAUUACAUGAGAUGAGUAAAUCUGAAAAUAGAAGGCCCAUGGUUCACCCUUCACAACACUUUGAAAGGCUCACGGUUUGGACGGAGCCUUCCUGCCGCUGUUCUGGAGAUAUUUCUGGCUGCCUCAGUCCCACGAGCCGUGCCCGGGCGUGCAGCACCGCUCACUCACACAUCAGCUGUGGCGCUGAAUGGGAGGAAGGCAGGCUGGCGGUGCCGGUAAAUGAGAGCCGUACACGGGAGGCAGGCGCUGCAGUCCCCGCCGCGAUGACUGCCGAGGGCUUGUGCAGCCCGCAGGCGCUCGCUGCUGCCGUCCUGCCCUGGUGCUGCUGGGGAGACGUCUGCCCCUCGCUUCGGGGCCAGCUGAGAGCUCAGCAUGGAUUAUUCUCAGACCUUUUGGCCCCCGAGGCCCUUGUUCUCACGGCCUUGCCCCCUCGAGCAGCUUCUGCCUCUGUCUGAUUUGUGUGAUGUCGGACAGAUUACAGCUGGAGUGGAAAUUUUGGGCAGAAACAAACUGCGCAGAGUUUGGGAACUCGCUCGCCUCGCUGUAACCAAAGCCCUGAAGGCUGUACCACAUCUUGACCAGCGUGCUCCCUUUCCCAUCCAGCAUUGGCACCUUUCUCAGCGGGCUUAUCCACACAGGUCACGCUUCCCAUUGCCUCAGGGAGGGCUGGGGAGCCCAAGGGAGAGGGGAGGCCAGCAGCUGAUGUCUGGGAGCAGGGACAAGGGGACAGGGUCACAGCAGAGGCAGCGUGGGGACAGCAGUGUACAUGGGAAGGCUGAAAGGAUGGGGGAGUGCAAGCUGACAACGGGAACCGAGGCUGAAGGCAAGCUGCAGUGUGUCAGCAGGACAGGGAUAGCAGCAGCUCCCUGGGUGGGCUCCCAGGCUUUUGUCCCUUGGUCCCUCCAGUGUCCUGUCAGGGAGGAGACAGAGACAGAAGCCCAGGAGAUCUCGGUGUCACACAUGGGUGGCUAUUAAUAACAUGCCUUCCCUGUGGUUGAGCUGUGCAAGUCAGCCGUCCUGGCCUGGGGAAGGCAGCCUGUAAACUGAAAUGGGCUCUCAUUUGCAUGCUGCCAGCCCUGGUGCCACAGCACCAGCCCAGCAGCUGCAGCAAGCCUUGCUUCAGAGACUCAGCCAGGAUGGGCCCUCGUCAUGGAGCAGGGUGAAGCUUGGGCUAAUUUCCCUCACUGUCGCCCAGUGGUUGGAAAAAAUGCUUUCCAGCCGACUAAGUAGAGGCUUGCUGAAAGGUCUGGAGGAGCUGAUGGCGUUUUUCAAGUCCAGACUUCUCUAAGGCUCAAGGCUUGUUGGUCAUGCAGCCAGGAGUGUCCUAAGUGUGGUCCUCUUGCCACCUUUUGUGCCAGAAGAGGGCUGCCACGGCUGGCAACAUGGAAGGGCAGCCUGGCAUCUCUCUUGCUUCUGGGCACCGUCAGGAGGACGCCAGACUGUUGGAGGGACAGAAGGAAUUACAACACAGAAAGGACCAAGCAGACGUGUUGCACAGCAUUGCUCUGUGUCUAAGGACACGGGCAUGGUCAGCAUAGUACCUAGGGGUUUACUCGAGGCUGCUGGAGCAAAGCAGAGUGAUGGACCUGAGCAUCAAGAAGCUCUCCAUGAUAUAGGCCUGUGCCUUGAGGGAUAUUGCAUGUUCAGGUGCAGGAGUCUGCGUGUUGGGUUUUGUAGCUACCACCACCACAGGAGGGAUGGCUGCUGGGUGAUCGGGGUCUUCAUGUCAGCUGAUCCACUACCUCUGAGUCCAGUGAAGUUACAAGAUGUAAGUUCUUCCUCUUCCAUCCCUGCUUGACUUUCCAGGGGCAUUUAUAUCCUGCCACCAAAGUUAGUUCUGUCCUUACAGUACGAAGUUGCAGCUUUCUCUGAGUGCCCAGGAAGGGUACUGCAGCAACUUCCUCCUCCCUCAGCUCUUGAGGGCAGCACACACCCUGGGAUAUGUUCCUGCUUCAGCAACAUCUCUGCCCACCAAUGCCAGGCAGGAGCAUGGGAGGCUGAGGAGCUCUGAGAGGUCUGGUUAGAAAAAAAAACUCCCAAAAGCUCCGAUUGCAGAUCAUGAGCAGGCCAGAGCUGAUCUCUCCUUCCUUAUUCACAGAAGAUUGAAAUGAUAAAAGCUGCUUGUAAGUGGCACUGAUAUCCUAGUGCAUGCAGCAGUAUUUCCUUCCCCUCCCACCCUGCAAAUGCCAGACUGCCUCCAUCCAGCCCCCUUACCUAACUUAGCCCAGUGAUGCAGCCUGCAGAGCUGCAGCAAGCACCGGCUGCUCUCUGUCCUGCCUCAGCUGUAAGCAGUCUCUUAAGAGAAGCCCUGAGAUCACAGAAAUGUUGGUAGUGUUAGGCCAGGAGCUUCCUUCACUCAGCUCUCCUUAGGCUCCUCUCCACCCAGUUCACAGUUCCCCAGCUGCUCUGCACACAGCUUAGCUGGUGCACAUCAAUCCUGGGCACCCUGUGCAGUCAGUCCAUCUGCACUGCCAGCAGCAGCUCUCGACACGUGCGAUACACCAUUCGGACCUCAGGCUGGAAGCCAGUUGCAAGCAAAGGGGAUAUCUUCACCAUCAGAUCUCAGCAGCCGCAUGGUGCUGGUGUGGGCUGUCAGAUGACUGCCCAGCAAUAACCUUCACCACUGGUGGCUGGAGCGUGAGUCCAUGUGCCACUUUCUGACAGCUCUGAAGAUAAAAAGAGCUGUAAUCAGCUAGUAACCAAACUUAAAUGUCAAGCCAAGGUUGUUCUAGCAAGUUUCCUCAUGCGACUGUGGUGCGAAAAGGAAGGAAGCUGUGUUGAGAGAUCUUCCUGCCCAUAGCAGCAGCUCAGCAACCACUGCACCAGCUUCAUGUCAGUGGGAUAUCUGGGGCAGAAGGGAGCAUCCCUUCAGCUCAUUUGGGAUAGAGUUGGACAAUUACAUCUCCUCCAGCAACUUAAACCAGUCAAGAAGAGUUUGCUGCAGCUUGCCAUACCCAGGCAGUUCUCUCUGGUGUUGUUUUAACGUUUCAUUUCUUCAGACAAUUUCUUCAGACACCUGUUGGCGAUGAUGCAAUUUGCUGCACUAUCCCACAGAUGAGGGAGAUACCCGCAUUGCUUGCUGUGAUGGAACUGGAGGAAUCUGCUGAGGAGAUUGCACUUUGGUUUUGCUUUCAGUUCAGCAAGGCUUUAGCUCCCUGAUGCUGCUCUCUGAACUGCAGAUUCCUCUGGAGAGCAUCACUGUACUUUUUUCCCUCCUUGCCUGAUAUUGCUGAGUACAGACAUGGCAAUGAGACUAGAAACUAAAGAGCAAGUUUCCUUGCAUAACCAGGCUGGACGAGAUGGAACCAAGCCUUGCCUUCUGCAAAAAUACAAACUCUGCUUUAGACUCUUCUCGAAGAAACGGAGGUAUAGUCCAACGUGCCUCUUGCUUGUGGUACAAGCACUGAGCAAAAACUCCAGAAAAUAGCAUGUAUGUACCAUCUUAUAUGCAUCUACCAAAAACAGAAGCUUCUGACUGAAAAAAAAAUGCCUUUUUGCAUGGAUCUCAGGGCAUUGGGUUUCGAUCAUGGUGUUCUGACGGUCUUCAAGCAUUGCUGACCUGCAAGCGAGUGCCUAAAAGAGCGACUAGGGAGGAAGAAAGAUGUGAGCGCAGCAGAUGCUAAUCCUAGCACAGUGGUGGUUGACAUGCUAUACCCUCAUGAAGGGUAGAGGAGCAGGCUUUUCAGCACAGAAGUUGGUGGGAGUUGUGGGGGUGGCAGCUGGUGUAUGCCUGCGUAAUCUCGAGUCCCCUGCCUUUGUAGCAAUUGAUGAUCCAGAAGUUUGCUUCUACCAAGCUGCAGGUGCCAGUGUUUUUUGAGUUGCCCUCAAAUAAAUCCUCUCUGUUUAGAGGCUGAAGACAAGCGGUGGCUGGAGAGCUGGAAGAGAAGCACUAGCUCUGGAGGACAGGAGUGCUGGUGCUAGUCAGCCAGCCUCUCCCACUCAAACAUUUGCAUGCCAAGCUGAGAGCGCUGAAACCACUGCUGCAGCAGCUUCCAUCUGUGGCCCAGUGCUUUUCACGGACAGCUGCCACGUCCUGGCAAGAUGUAAAGCUUGGAGGGCUGGGCAGGGAAAGGUCAAGAGACCUGUUAAAGCUCUUUCCAAAGCGAGAGGGAAGCUUUGAGCAGGACAGAUAGGAUGUUUUUCCUAGCUUUCCUCUGCUCCAGCUCUCUCAGCCAGACUCCACUAAAUGUGCCUGCCCCACUUUGACUUGCCUGACCGUUUUCCUUCUUUCGUGCUUAGUUUCCAUUUGCCACAAAUUCUGUGGGGCUGCUGCUUGUGCCGAGUGCUUACAGCUGGGACACCAAGAGUGCCAGCACCAGGGGAGCAAAAAGCAGGGGGGCAGUGACCAGGGCUGACCUUGCUGAGAGGUGCCGGGGCUGUUGUCCUCCGGGCAGCAGGGCAGGAGCUUGUCCUUAGAGUGCUCCAGCGGGUGUUUCUGAGACUCCUUCCCUGAGCUAAGCUGUGAAAAUAGGUGUAGAGACUGCCUUAAAAAGAGCUUUGGCUCUGAGCUCGAGGGAAGCGAGAGCCCUGUGGCCCAGCUGCUCCCGGUGGCUUUAGCAGGUGCUGGUCUCAGCCCCGCCACGCAUCGCAGCACCCAGCUCUCCGCUGUGUCCCUGCUCCUGCCCCCUGUCCCCGCUGUGCCCCCCAGAUCUGCGGGAAGCCUAUUUAACUCCUGGUUUCUGUGUCAACAGCCACCACCCGGCCAAGAUGGAAACCUUUUUUAAGAGGCAUUUCGGGAGGAAGGGCCCACCGGGGCCGCGGCAUGCCAGUGUGGUGGCCGUGCCCACCGGCAAGGCCCGCCGCCGCUCCCAGGCCGGGCUGCCCUCCGCCUCGCUGGCCCAGCGCCGCCGCGGCUCCAGCGCCCUGCCGCUGCCCCUCUCCUGCCUGCCCUUGCCCCGCCGCGGCAGCCCCCGCCGCCGCUCCAGCACCACGCCGCCCUGCCUCAGCCCCCGCUUCGCCGUGCAGCAGCACCGUGGCGGCCGGCCGCCAGCCAUCGAUGCCCAACUUCUGGGCUGCCCCGUGCUGCUGGCCGGCCUCCUCCCUGACGGAGAGGAGGGCGAUGGGGCGCCGCGUGCCGACACCUCCGUCUCCUGGCCUCUGGAGGAUGGCGGUGGCCAUGUGGCGGGCGGCGGGGCGGAGCGGAGCGGGCGGUGGGCUGAGGAGAGCUGGCUGACCAUGCUGCCCCGGCUGCGGCCGCUGCAGGCCGGGCUGCUGUCGCGGGGCCCCCGCUGCCUGCGCCGCACCUCCUCCCACCGCCUGCCCACCGACAGCGGCUGCGGCCGGGUCCCCCACGGCCUGCCGGGCCACUACCGCCGCCUCAGCCAGCGUCGCCGCUCCAGUGAUGCCCUGCGGCCCGGGCUGCUGUCCCCCGGCCGCGCGUGGUGGCUGGCCCAGCAGUGCGCGGGGGCAGCCGGGGCCGCCUUCCCCGAGUGCUUGGGACCGGAGCCCGCCUGCUGCCCUGACGGCUGGAGCCCCCGGCUGCUGAAAGCUAUUGCCAAGUCCAGCCUCCAGCACAUGGUAGCCCAGCCAAACCCCACACUAGCCCUGAGGAGCGAGUCGGAGAGGCAGAUCCGCAGCACCGUGGACUGGAGUGAGACUGCAGUCUAUGGGGAGCACAUCUGGUUUGAGACCAAUGUCUCUGGGGAUUUCUGCUACGUUGGGGAACAGAACUGCAUGGCAAAACUGCUGCAAAAACCUCUCUCCAGGCGUAAGUGUGCAGCCUGCAAGAUCGUAGUGCACACACCGUGCAUAGAACAGCUGGAGAAAAUAAAUUUCCGCUGCAAACCUUCCUUCAGGGAGUCAGGAUCCCGGAAUGUACGGGAGCCUAUAGUUGUCCGGCAUCACUGGGUGCACCGGAGACGGCAGGAAGGGAAAUGCCGGCAGUGUGGCAAGGGUUUCCAGCAAAAGUUUGCCUUCCACAGUAAAGAGAUUGUAGCCAUCAGCUGUUCCUGGUGCAAACAAGCGUAUCACAGCAAAGUGUCUUGUUUCAUGCUGCAACACAUCGAAGAGCCCUGCUCACUGGGGGCUCAUGCUGCUGUCGUUGUUCCUCCCACUUGGAUUUUGCGGGUCCGACGCCCCCAGAACCCAAUGAAAUCCAGUAAGAAGAAGAAGAGGACAUCAUUCAAGAGGAAAUCCAGCAAAAAGGGUGCUGAGGAAGGAAGGUGGAAACCCUUUGUCAUCAAGCCCAUGCCAGCUCCUCUCAUGAAACCCUUGCUGGUGUUUGUGAACCCCAAGAGUGGUGGGAAUCAGGGAGCCAAGAUCAUCCAGUCCUUCAUGUGGUAUCUCAACCCACGGCAAGUGUUUGACCUCAGCCAGGGUGGACCCAAGGAGGCGCUGGAGCUGUACCGCAAGGUCCACAACCUACGGAUCCUGGCGUGUGGGGGAGAUGGCACGGUGGGCUGGAUACUCUCCAUUCUGGACCAGCUACGCCUCAACCCACCUCCUCCUGUGGCCAUCCUGCCCUUGGGGACCGGGAACGACUUGGCCAGGACACUGAACUGGGGUGGGGGUUACACAGAUGAGCCUCUGUCCAAGAUCUUGUCACAUGUGGAAGAUGGAAACAUUGUGCAGCUUGAUCGCUGGAACCUCCAUGUGAAGCCAAACCCUGAUGCAAACCCUGAGGAAAAGGAUGAGACAGCUGCUGACAAGCUCCCCUUGGAUGUCUUCAAUAACUACUUUAGCCUUGGCUUUGAUGCACGGGUGACACUGGAGUUUCACGAAUCCCGAGAGGCCAAUCCAGAGAAGUUCAACAGCCGGUUUCGGAAUAAAAUGUUCUAUGCUGGGACGGCUUUCUCCGACUUCCUCACAGGGAGCUCCAAAGAUUUGGCAAAGCACGUCAAGUUGGUUUGUGAUGGGACGGACCUGACCCCCAAGAUCCAGGACCUGAAGCCCCAGUGCUUGGUCUUCCUGAACAUCCCCAGGUACUGUGCAGGCACUAUGCCCUGGGGCAACCCUGGUGAGCACCACGACUUCGAACCACAGCGCCACGAUGACGGCUGCAUUGAAGUCAUCGGCUUCACCAUGACAUCCCUGGCUGCUCUGCAGGUGGGUGGCCAUGGGGAGCGACUGUGCCAGUGCCGGCAGGUGGUUCUCACCACGUCCAAGGCCAUCCCCAUGCAGGUAGACGGGGAGCCCUGCAAGCUGGCAGCUUCCUGCAUCCACAUCUCCCUGCGCAACCAAGCCAACAUGGUGCAGAAGACCAAGCGGCGCAACUCCAUGCCUCUGCUCAAUGACCAGCAGCCAGUACCUGAGCGGCUGCGAAUCCGGGUGAGCCGAAUCAGCAUGCGUGACUACGAGGCACUGCACUACGACAAGGAAAAGCUCAAGGAAGCCUCCGUGCCACUGGGGAUCAUCGUGGUUCCAGGAGACAGUGACCUGGAGUUGUGCCGGACCCAAAUCGAGAGGCUGCAGGAGGAUUUCCCUCCACAGCCCUCUGCUUUGCAGCGCCUGCUCUUUCAGGAAGGAGAUGGAGCCAAACCGAAGACACUGUCAUCCCAGAAGCUGUCACCAAAGUGGUGCUUCCUGGACUCAACCACGGCGGAUCGGUUCUACAGGAUAGACCGCGCUCAGGAGCACCUCAACUACGUGACAGAGAUCUCUCAGGAUGAGCUCUAUGUGCUGGACCCAGAGCUGGUGAUCACCCAGACUGUGGGCACCUCUCCUGCCAUGCCUGACCUUGUGGACUCAUCCGCUGCACCUACUGGGCACCAUUUUGCAUUCCCCUCCUCUUCCUCCUCUCCACCCUGCUCUCCUGCCCCCAUUGCUGAGGCUGAGCUCUGCCUCCCGCACAAAGAUGACCUUCUGAUAGAAGCUGCCAAGAGCGGCGACUUCAGCAAGUUCCAAGAACUGCACCGGGCUGGAAAAGACCUGAUGGUGCGAGACUCCUCGGGCCGGACCGUCCUGCACCACGCUGUCAAAUCAGGGAGCAAGGACAUCGUCAAAUACAUCAUCGAGAACGCCCCUUCAGAAAUCCUCGAUGCCACAGAGGAAGAGAACGGUGAGACCAGCUUGCACCAGGCUGCAGCGUUACGCCAGCGCACGAUCUGCCACUACAUCGUGGAGGCUGGGGCGUCGCUUAUGAAGACGGACCUGCAGGGAGACACCCCCAAGCACAGGGCAGAGAAAGCCAAUGACCCCGACCUGGCUGCCUACCUCGAGAACCGACAGCACUACCAGAUGAUCCAGCGGGAGGACCAGGAGACAGCUGUGUAGUGCUCAGCGUGCCUUAGCCCAAGUCAGCUCGGGCAGGACGAGAAGAGGACGGCACCUGGCAGAGCUGUGAGUCUGGCCCAGCCCUCCCUAGGUGUCAGCCUAGGAGGAGGAGAUGGAGACAGCAGAGCUCUGCUCCGGGCUGGGCUGGGACUGCGUUUGAGGACAGUGGGUAUUUGGGACUUGAAGCCCGGCUCUUUGUGUGUCCCCCUUUGCCCCUCAUCCACCACGUUCCCUGCUCUGGAUGGGCUCCAUCCCAAAGGCCCACCAGGGGUGGAGCCGCCCAUCACCUUUGCACAGGGGAACGAUGCCAGUGCCCCCGGCAGGUCCUUACCUGUGAUCCACGUGGGAUGUCAUUGCUCGCCCCCCUCCCUGCCGGCAGUGCCCUCCAUUAGCCACUUAACUCGGUUCACAUCCCGUUCCUCCUCUCCUCCCCAGCAGCCGCGGGAGCUGCAGGCAGACAGCAGCAUCGCCUGCGCAGGGGCUGUGAGCCUAAAACCUUGCCCCGAGGGAAGCUCCGUGACUUACGGCCUCUGAGUCCUCUUCCUUCCUGCUGCUUUGGGACUCUGUGGCAGGAGGAAAGUCCCUGGCGUGUUAGGGGACGUGCACCCACCCCUUCCUCAGGGCAUCUGGGACUAGCGCAGCUGGAAGCCUGGCAGCCGCUGCCCUCCUGGUUGCCUUCAGUGCUGGGGUCCGUGCUGCUCUCAGGGAUUCCCCCCGCGCCCCCAGCCUGUGGAUGUGCGUCCUCUGAGCAUGACUUCUGCCAUCCCCACAAACUGGACACAGGGCUUUGCAGGGAAAACCUGGGAGGCUGCCCUGCCCAGACACAAGCUCCCUGGGCAGGCUGCCAGCCCACCUCCCAGGUUUUAGCAGAAAGAGGGGUUCGGAUGCAUAGGAAGCAUCAGGGACCUCGGCCGUGAGUCACGCAUGUGAUGGGAUGGCAUUUUGGGUACCACCCGCCACGGGGCACAAGGCACUGUCUGCCCUGCAGAAGCUGUGAGCCCUGAUGUAGCAGAGCAGUCCCUGCAGCAGCUUUUGCAGUAGCAGCAGCAGUCUCUGGGAUGCAGAGGUGCCAGCAGGGGAGGAGAGCAGGCAGCCGAGUGCGUUGUGGACCUCGUUGGCAUGUUCAGUCAGGUCCAGGUUGCUGCUGGCAGGUUGAGUACCAGGAGAGGAGGCUGGGGCAGCCCCACCGUGCACUCACACCCAGCUGUGGCUGCUGCACAGUGCCGGCUGACACCGUUUGCAUCCCCCCCACGACACCAAUACCAAAAAGAACGAACGUAUCACGAUACCACAGAGAACCACAAUACUGUUCAGGCUUUAGGUUGGGGGGCAGAGUUACCCUUGAGUAUGGGGGAAGCUGAGCCAGGGCAGUGCGUGAGGCUGAUGUUGGGGUUCAGCAGCAGAAUCAGCAGUUUAAAUCCUUGUCCUGACUGUGAUGCUCCAGCAGUGCCAGGAGUUCCCAUCAGUGCUGCUCGCUAGCUGCAGACGGACAAGACUGUCAUCUUCUCAAAGGUGCAAGCUGCUGCCUCCCAGCCAGGGCACCCAGCCUGGCCUGGGGGCGUUUACAGCCCCAGCUUCCCCCUUCCUCCCCAGUUUUGUAUGUUCCUUUAGUUUUUGUACAGGUAGUUCAGAGACACACUGUCCCCCUCCCCGCCGGGCCCCUGCGCGCGAGCCGAGUUGCUGUGCAAUUCCACGUCUGGCUGUUUUUUAGGCAGAGGCGGAGGGGGUGUUUGUAGCCCUGCCCGCAGAGGGCAGGGGAUCUGUGCAAUACCUGGUUCUGUGUUUCCCAGAUGCUGUCGUAGGACUGUAUUUUUGUAACUCUGUAAGGGUGCCGGCUCUAGCAGGCCCAGGGCCUGGCAUGAGCCUGCGCUCCCAUUGCUUUUCAACUUUGACUGUUUGGAUGUUGUUGUUUCUUGCCAUUGAAAUAAAGAGUUGGAUGUUUUAA